CCUUUGGUUUGCGCGGGCAGAAGGCAGCGCCGGCGGCGAGUGUGACCCGCUGGCAGCGGCCAUGGGCAGCUCGCUGGAGCCGUGCAAGCUGCUGCUGUCCGUGGAGGAGGCCGUGCUGCAGGGCCCGGCCGCGCUGCAGGGCCCGGCCGCGCUGCAGGGCCAGGCCGCGGCGGACGGCGAGCGGCUGCUGCGCAAGGUGCGCUUCCGCGUGGCGUCGUCGCACAGCGGCCGCGUGCUGAGGGAGGUGUACGCCGACGACUCGCUGGACUCGGAGUGCGCCAGCAGCUCCGAGACCGAGCAGGCCAGCCGGCUGAGCGAGCUGGACGGGCAGCACGGCGGCCAUGCCGGCUCCGAGGGCGACGAGAACGACAGCGAGCAGGACGACCUGCUCAUCCUGGUCAGGGCCGCCAAGGAGAAGGGGUUCGGCACGAAGAGAGUCAACAUCCUCAGCAAAAACGGCACAGUCAGGGGAGUCAAGCAUAAAGUCAGCGCUGGACAAGCCCUUUUUGACAAUUUGGCAAAAGUAUUUCAGGUCUCAUCAGUGCCAGAGUUUGGCCGCAUAAUCAUUUAUACUACCAGUCUUCGUGUGGUGAGAACCACUUUUGAAAGAUGUGAACUGGUCAGAAAGAUAUUUCAAAAUCACAGAGUUAAGUUUGAAGAAAAAAACAUUGCUCUGAACAGUGAUUAUGGAAAAGAACUAGAUGAAAGGUGCAGAAGUGUCUGUGAAGUUCCCUCACUCCCUGUUGUGUUUAUUGAUGGCCAUUAUCUUGGGGGUGCUGAAAAAAUUUUACUAAUGAAUGAAUCUGGGGAACUGCAGGAUCUCUUAACCAAAAUUGAGAGAGUCCAGCACCCCCAGGAGUGCCUCUCUUGCGGGGGCUUUGGUUUCCUGCCGUGCUCAGCGUGCCAUGGGAGCAAGAUGUCCGUGUUCCGGAACUGCUUUACGGACUCCUUCAAAGCGCUCAAGUGCACGGCCUGCAACGAGAACGGGCUGCAGCGCUGCCGGAGCUGCGCGGGCUGAGCCGGCCCCUCCGCCUGCUCGGAACGGCUCUGUGGUACUGCUCCGGUUUGUAACAGGGUUUUUUUAAUUAUUCCAUUUGUUCAAAACAGUCAAUAAAAUCCAUUUGUUGUAUAC